GGACAGUAUCUUCUCGGGGGCAGCCAGCGUGCUCAGGAGGGGUUGUGCAACGGAGGCAACCACCGCAGUCUGACGUCUUUCCAGUCGCAGUGGGAGAGGAUGGUACUCCCCAUUGCGGAGAAGGAGACGAAGUGGAAGUUUACGAAGAGCAAGGAGAGUACGACAAAGAAGGCGAAGGAGAGGAAGAGGCAGAAGUUGAAGAGGAAGAAGAAGAGGAAGACGGAGACGCAGGAUAAGGAGCAAAAGACGAAGAAGAAGUCGAAGAAGAAGAAGAACCAAAGGACGAGGAAGAAGGAGAAGAAGACUCAAUCGAGGAGGAGGGUUAUUGGCUCAGAGAGUUCCUUGAGUCGCGUCCUGUUCGCGAUGACUUCAAGUUUUUCUUCUGGGCCAUAGCAAGAAGCAGCAACUCGAACUCCAACGACCACAACGACCACAACGACCGCGAAGACCACGAAGGGUGCCAAGAUGCCGCGCCGCAAAGAUGUCAUUUCUCCUCAAACCGUGGUGGAGUCUUCUGGUGGUUUGGAAAGGGGAUCGGGCACAAAGAACACCGCAAAGUGGAAAAAGACGGCGUCGGGUCCAGGUAAGGGGAAGGCGGGCGAAGAGGGGCUACAAAUUCCCCAAGGUUUUGUGCCGACCGAGCGUGUGGAAGAUUUGACAAAGACUUGGGAGGAGUUGAAGAGCUUGAAGGAGAAGAAACUCUCGCACGAGUCAUUCUAUCUUCAAAUGAGCUGUUUGAAGAGGUCGCCCCUCAUAAAUGGGAAAAGACCGUUGGAGGUGCGAGAGCUAGACGAGGAUCAUGUGCAGUCCAUAAUGGACUCCAUGCUGAAACAUCCAACUGGGGAUCAUCUUCCCUUCAUCGGCCUCAUCGACCCUGGCCAAGCCAGUCGCAAAGAAGAGGUGAAUCUGGAUGCGCUGGGAAAUGGCCACUACGACAUUUUCGUCCUUGGUGGCAACCACAGUUGGGAGGGUAGGGAACGGUUGUCUUGCAUGAACCCCGACAACGACGACUACAAGUGCAAUGUGUGCUACAUUUACGUUGGCCUCACGGUCAACGAGGCGAGGCAGUGUGCUUUCAAACCCAAAGAAAUUUGGGACCUCAUGUGCAAGAUAAUCAACAUGUGGCAGAAGGGUGAGGUCAAAGGCCAGAAACUGAAGCCGGCAGCGAAGAGCAUCCUGAAAUCGGAUCAGGAUCUGGAAUCGAGCGAAUCGGAGGGCGGAAAGAAAAGCCAGCGUGGGAAGAGGCUUCAAAGGGCAGCUGCGACGGAGCAAGAGAUGGCGCUUUUGCACCCUCGGGUGCAAAUACAGGGUAGCAAAGUCCCCAUGGUCGCCGAUGACAUGCCCGCACAACAUAGGAUAGCCAUGGGUAGUAUGGCUCUAGAGCACGCCGUCCCUAUCCUCCUUGAGGUCAUUGCGAAGCAGAUCUCGCUCAAGGAGAUGGAGAAGAAGUUUCAGCUUGUCAAGCAAGUCGCGUACAUCUGCAAGGCCUUCGCAGUGGGGGUGGGUUGUGCUGACUUCAAGGAGGCCGAGAAACAGUAUCCGCUCCACACGAAGAAAGACAUGUUGGAAAAGUUCGCCGGUGGCGUCAGGAGGGGUCAGAAGAGUAUCCCCGCACUGGAUGGCCAUGUUAAAAGGGCUUUGGAUUGGAAGAGUAAGGAGAGGAGACUGCAAGCAAAGGAGGCUCUUCACGCGUUCCGUUCGGCACCUCUCACGGAGCCCUUCGUCGACCGGACGGAGGUGAAACAUGAGAACGACGGAGCGGAGGUAAAGAUUAUCAACGGUGACAUGCGCCUGCUGUCGAAGCUGCAGACGGAGAAGCUGCCGAUAUCUCUGGCGAUUUUCGACUGCCCCUACGGCUUCGCGCACGAGGGACAUGCGUCUGAUCAUGAGCCGUUUCCCGAGUCAAACGUUCUGGAGGUUCUUCAGAAUCUGAAGGACGUGUCUAGUGCCCCCUUGUGGACAGUUGCGGGAUUCUGUUCAGUGGACAUGCUUCCUUCCAUUCGCUCCGCAUUCAGAGAAGUUUGCAAUGCAGGGCAGGAACUUUUGACAUGGUGCAAGCCCAAUGUGAUGAAUCCCGGUGGGCCCCGGCUUGUGAGUGCGACGGAAUUCUGCGUAAGUACCAACACCCCGGCGGCGGUGUCCUCUGCCAGAAACCAGAAGCCGUACAGUUCGUACUCCUGGCAGGUGAACAAAUUUUCUCCUGCGGGGGCCUGCAUUCUGAACGGUUUCUCUGGUUCCGGGACUGGCGCCAUUGCGUGUGUGAAGGCGAAUCGGAAUUGUCUGGUGGUGGAGAUAAACACGAAAUGCGCCAAGGGAAUCGCGACGAGGCUUUUGACAGACAUCGACGGCACACUCGCGCGUGAAACGCCAAAGAGGAUCCUCAAGCAGAAGGCAUCGCAAAGCAGCUCACCCGCGAAGUCUGCCGAAAAUGAGCUUGGCGUCGGCGGAGACACGGACACUGCUGCUGGAGUGACGCAGACCGUCGGGGAGGCCGCACCGGCUGUUGACGGGCCAUCUACUGAGCCUGUUGAACAUGCUUCAGGGCCAUCCGCUGAGCCUGUUGAACAUGUUUCCGGCCCAUCUGCUGAGCCUGUUGAGCAGCCACCUCUUUCUCGUGAGCCUGCUUCCGUGCCUGUUCCUGGCGUUGUUCUCGACGCUGGGCCUGAGGCUAAGACGCAACAUACGGUCGGGGCAGUCCCGGCUUCUACAGAUGUUCAGCAGACUGUCCUGAGCCUCACCAUGAGCCAGGAAUCGGACAAAACCACGGCUGGCGGCAGGAAGGGGCGAAAGCGAAAGGCCAGUGGUGAAGAGGUAUCAAGUCCGCAGGGUGGGGUGACGACUGGCCCCAAAGCCAAUACUCGCUCACGGACUGCGAGGUGACUGAGGCGACGACGUGGCCUUUGCAUGUAGGCCUAUAUCUCGGGUGUGGACACGCACCUGCGAUAUAGGCCUAUAUUACAUGUGUGCCCUCAAACCUCUGCCAGUUUCGUAUUCUGCCUACUCUUUCGUCUUGGUUGCAUCUUCUCCUCCACUUGUUCUUGUCACCAUGUGUAGCCAAAAACACACGGGUCGCUCGAUAGUGACAAAAGGUCCAGGAGCUGCCAUUUGUUGGCGUUGAAUAAUGAUUAACUUGGUACAUUCCGGUUAGAGAGCCAAAGCAGGAUUGACAACGAUCCAUGUCUCAAGGAUUGCGCCUCUCACGAUUGAUGCCAGAAGAGAAACCAAGUUUUAUUCGUUUACGAGUCUCCUGUUAUCAUCGCAUGGCCGAAAUGAGGAUUCCUGUGGUUUGUGGCCUAGGAGCUGUCGUUUGUUCAUGUCGAAUAAUGAAUUGCUUGGUACAUU